CAUCGACUCUCUUAGUUUGUUUACCUACGUUUGUUAGCCGGUUAUAGCUUUGUUUUUGUUACGUCGUUUUUCGUUCGUUAAGUUGAUAUCAUUUUUCGUUAAGAUGCGUUCUGUAUCCUAUUUUCUAGUUUUCCUGGUUGCAUCAUGCAGCGUAGACGGAGGCGAUGGCACCAACUCUCAGGGUUUUUCAUCUCCGCCGUAUUGCUCCUCAAACCAAAAUCCUUGUUUAAGCGGUGGCGUAUGUGUCAACUACGGCGGAUCUUAUAAGUGCGCUUGCCCUAGCAACUGCAAAGGAGAACAUUGCGAAAACUGUAACAUUGUCGCUCCGAGAAUGGGAGCAUGCUCUCCGAACCCAUGCCAGAGGGAUUGUCAGUGCCACGAAUCGUGUCAACACGCCGGUGGUUAUUACUGCAGAAGUGCUUCCGGAUAUCUUGGCAAAAAUUGCACCAUUCCUGUACCAUCUCUCCGAUGUGAAACUAAUCGCAUUGUCUUCUCGGUUUCCGAAAGUUUCGUACGUGAGUAUGAUCUUGGCCUACGGAACAGCUUCAUCAACAUUGUUAGAAAUCUGGGCGGCACCCAAGGCUGUGAAGUUGCUGCUGCGAUCAAUGGAUUCUAUGAAAUACAGAUCCCGAUUCCGUUUAGUGCUUGUGGCACAGAAAUGUCGUCAGUCGGCGGGCAAGUUGUUUUCACUAAUCAAAUGUGGUUCAACCGACGUCUCGCGAACUCUAUGUUUGAUAUGCCAAUUCCAGUCGCAGAGUUCCAGUGUAGAUACGAGAGACAAUAUAGAGUGGUAACUUCGAUUCGCCCUGUUGUGAGCACACCAGCGGUCAUUACCGGGCGCCAAUUGAUUACACCCAGCAUUUCCCUGUGCAAGACACUUUCGUGUCCAGAUUCCUGUCCAUCGAACUUCGCCGUCAAUGGAGGUGCUGUCUAUACCGUUGGGGAGAUGAUUCACGUCACGAUGUCACUAGAUUCUGGUAAUCAAGUCACCGGUGUGGAGGAGAUGUAUUUAUCCUGUAGUCCCGCCCCCUCUGCAAGCAGUAUUGUUGGAAUUGUGCAGGCUGGAUGUGGCACAACGGCUGGUCUUCCGUGUAAGAUCACCACCAGUGCUGUUGGACAUACUGUUUGUGUGUCUUUCCAAACACCAAGAAGCCUAUCGUGCCAAGAGUUCUACAUCCACGCAAAAUUGGUAUCUUGUGAUAGAAGCAGUGUAGGGGUUUGCUCGGACAACAGCCGUGCUAAUAGGUGCCUGGUGUCGCGUAAACGAAGGAGCGUUGAUUCUGCUCCCAUAGCUAUUGGCCCAAUUCUUCUGGUCAGUGGUUCUGCAGGAAUCCCUCUAGUUCAACUAAACGGCAUGGAGGACAAAGCAACUGUGUUAGAACUAGAGCCUGUGAAGGAAAACGUCGAGCUUGCGUUGCAAAACCUUGAGCAAACGCCACUAAAAUCCUUGGGAUCUCCAUCUAGCGAACUUGCUGGUAUGGAUCAGCUGACUCUGCUUAUGAUUAUCACUGGGAUAAUUCUCUUCGUGGUCAUCGUUUCGUUGGUACUGGUUAUGCUGCGAAAUCGUUACAUUGGUGUUGCUUUUAUGACCGGCAAAUCUUAAUUUUGGUAACAAUAAAUUUGACUGACAUAUUCAG